AUAUGGUCGGACCUAAUUUGCAUGAACCAAACAGACCAACAUGAGAGAUCUUAUCAAGCGGGCUUCAUGCGCGAUAUAUAUCAGUCUGCAAAGGUGGUCCUGGCUUGUUUAGGAGAGGAUCCUAGCAAUGGCCGAUGCAUAAGAAUCGCCGAACGCUUGGAGCUCUGGUCCGCCCUUUCCGUUGAGCCAGACGAUAUGAAGGUGCUCAUCGAAGGUUUAAUCUCAGCAGAUUUUCGCGAUGAGCAACUCCAACUUGACUGGAGCGCUCUCCAUGAUCUGCUGGAUUGUCAAUGGUGGCAAAGAGGCUGGGUCACCAGGAUGUUGUCGUCGCGCGUCAGGUUUAUCUGA